AUGUUGGACGCAGAUGGUGCUGCAAGUUCUCAACCUAGUUCCAGAGGAAGAAGUCCAUCCAGUGAAGUGAGAGUGAGCUGGGUGUACGAACUUAACAAACAAGAACUAAUUGAAAAACUAAAAACGUAUAACGUUACUGUGAGUGAAACUGAUAGUGUUGAUAACUUACGAAAAACGCUCGUCAAAAAACUUCGUGGAAAAAACGAAACUUUCACAAAGAAGGAACUAUACCGGUGCGACAUGUCUGACUUUAAUAAAAUAAGUUUUACCCUAAACAAAGACAAUUGGGAAGUUUUUAUCGAAAGACUAGAAUUAAUUUUCGAGUGUCAGUGUAUUCCGCCGGAAAGACAAAGUGCAGAACUGUUAACAAGAGUUUGUCAAGAGACUUUCAUGUUGUUUCGCAAUUUAACUUCACCAAAAAAGGCUAAAGAUCUUUCCUACUCUGAUUUAGUUAAUAUCAUGAACUCUCAUCUUCAUCCAAAGCCUUCAGAAAUUUCCGAAAGGAAUAAAUUCUACGCCACGAAACAAUUACCUUCGGAAUCGAUACACGCAUUCCUUACAAAAUUGAAAGAAAGAUCUUUUUAUUGUAAUUUCAAGGACCUUGAUAUUGCUCUUCGUGAUCAAUUUGUAUUUGGACUUAUAAAUCACGAAACAAAAGUGGAAUUAUUUCGUCAAGAAAAUCUAACAUUUCAAAGUGCGGUGAAGAUAGCGGAGGAUCGAGAAGCAGCUAUAAAAAAUUCCUUAUCAAUGAAGUCCGCAGAUGCUGUGUCUGAAGAUACAAUUUUUUACAUGAAUAAGGCUGGUUCAAAAUAUUCCAAUCAUCAACAAUACAGAGGAAGGGGAAGCGGAAACGCAGAAGGAAAAUUCAAAUCUUCGCAACCAAACAACGCAGCCGCGGCUUCCACUUCCAAAGACCAGAGCCAGAAACUCAUCAGAGACAAUAGACAAAGACAACACGAUAACAGGAGCAGUAACUACAGACGAGAAGACAGAAACGGCAGCCAAAAAACGGUAGCUAAUUAUUUUGCAGCUAAGAAAAUCCACAAAGCAGAUAUUUCAUUGUCCAGCUAUGACAGAACAAAGUUGAAUGUAAUAGGCAUGUUGACCGAUCUUAAGGUGCAUUUCGAAGGGGUUGAAGCAAAAUUGAAAGCUUACGUUUUGGCAGGUAACGGGAAAAAUUUAAUAGGAAGGCAAUGGCUUCAAGCCUUGGAUUAUCAACCAAUUCAAUGUAAACCUUAUCAUGUCCCUUUCGCUUUGAAAGACAAAGUAGAUGCAGAAAUCGAUCGUUUGGUAAGAAUAGGUAAUUUGGAACAAGUUGAGACGUUACAGGUUGGAACCAAAUGGUCCCAAAUUGAUUUAAAACAUGCAUUUAUGCAAUUUGAAGUUGAUGAAGAUUGUAGAGAUCCAUUGACAAUAAUCACACAGAAAGGUUUGUUCAGGUACAAAAAAUUGCCAGAGGGUGUAGCCUCCAGCCCAGCAGAAUGUCAAGAUAUUGUUACUGAUAUUUUGAAAGGAAAGAAUGAUUCAGAGCAUCUCGAUACUUUAGAAAAAAUAUUUUAUAAGUUGAAUGAAGCAGGACUUAAAGUAAACGAAUCAAAAUGUGAAUUUUUCAGAUCUGAAAUAGAGAUAUUAGGAUUCAAAUUGGACAAAAAAGGUUUAUCACCAUCUCCUAGUAGAAUUCAUUCAAUUGUUAAUAUGCCUUCUCCAAAAACUAAAAAAGAACUUCAAGCAUUUUUAGGGUUAGUAAAUUUUUACGAGUCAUUUUUGUAUAAGCGAGCUGAUGAACUAAAGGUGUUGUACGAUGUUUUGAAAGCGAGCAAAUUUUAUUGGAAUUCUAAUUGUGAUCAAGCAGUUAAUUGGGUAAAGAAGGAAUUAGCAUCGGAUAAAGUUUUAGUUCCAUAUCAGCAAGAUAUUACUUUAGUAUUAGCUACAGACGCAAGUUACUCAGGGUUGUCAGCUAUUUUGUCUCACAGAUUUUCAGACG